AUGACGAAAGCCAACGCCCUCCGCCGCUUCCUCCUCCCCUGCUUCGGCCACCACACCCGCACCUCCCCAAGCCCUCCACCCGCCGCCGCCGCCGCCACCGCCACCAAGAAACGCAUGAGCACCUCCCUCCGCGACGAUCUCCACGACCUCCCCAAUCCCGAUAAACCUCAUCAAGACUCCCAAGAAUUCUCCCCUCCCUCCUCCCCCUCCACGCCCACCACCACCACCGCCGCCGCCGCCUCGUACGCCCCGCCGCGACCCUCCCGGACAAUGGUGAUCGGAACCAUCUUCGGCCACCGGAGAUGCGGCCACGUCUGGUUCUGCAUACAGCAAGACCGCCUCACCACCAAACCCACCCUCCUAAUCGAAUUCUCCAUCUCCACCUCCACCCUCAUCCAAGAAAUGCAGUGCGGGCUCGUACGUAUAGCCCUCGAGUUCAACGCCGCCGAGUCGCCGGACUCGGAGCUGAGUCGCUGCCCCUUGCACUCGGUCCCUCUAUGGACGCUCUUCUGCAACGGGAGAAAGAUUGGCUUCGCCGUCCGGCGUAAGGCCACCCACCAGAACAGGCUCAUGCUCAAGGCCAUGCAGAAUAUUACAGUUGGCGCCGGCGUGCUCCCCUGCGGGUUCGGGUCUGAACCCGGGUCGGGUUCGGAGGAGAUCAUGUACAUGCGGGCUAACUAUGAGUUCAUCGUGGGGAACGCCGACUCGGAGUCUUUCCAUUUGAUCAACCCGGGUGAGGGUCCGGGUCAAGAACUCAGUGUUUUCUUGAUCCGAUCUCAAUAGGUUCAAAAAAGGCUUCUUUUUUCCCCAGUUACUAAAUGAAAUUUCAUGGUGGGUCCCACUAGGGGUAAUCUAGGAAUUAUCAAUGUCAAUUUUUCUUUUUCUUUUUCUUUUUCUUUUUUUUGUAUGAAAUCAGAAAAUUUGGGGUUUUCUGAUUUCUGGGAAUUCAUUUUUUCCUUUUGCCAAGGCUGAGAAAAACUGUGGUUUUUCUUACAUUAGAUAUAAGAUAGGAUUAGCUUAAUUACAGUGUAGAUUUAAUCUCCUCGAACGUAAGACGGGAUUAUUCUCGUGUGUCGAUUUUCGCUAGUUAUUUUCCGUUUCUUUUUACGUAGCAGCAUUAUUUUGUUUACAUUAUUUGAUUUGCAAUUAAACAACUUGUUUACAUUGUUUGA